GAAUACUAUCGCCUCAGAUUUACAUCAAAUUAGGGCUCCAACACAACAUAUAUCCAUAAUUAAAAACACAACAAAGAUUAUUCACUCAGCUGCUGCAAAAUUAUCUCACCUCCAAGAUUUACAACUCCCACCUUCUGUUUCAUGAAAUUGAAGCAAAAUGGCAAGCUAUUCGAAUAAAGGAGCCCCGUCAAAUGGGUCGGUGUAUGUUUGUAAUUUACCUUUCGGGACGGAUGAUAAUAUGUUAGCUGAACAUUUUGGCACAAUUGGGGUGCUUAAGAAAGAUAAGCGAACUGGUAAGCCGAAGAUAUGGUUGUACCGAGAUAAGGUUACUAAUGAGCCAAAGGGAGAUGCUACAGUGACAUAUGAAGAUCCUUAUGCUGCAUCGGCGGCUGUUGAAUGGUUUAACAAUACGGAGUUUCAUGGGGCUACUAUUGGCGUUUUCAUGGCUGAAUCGAAAAAAGAUGAUAAUUCAUAUAGCGCUGCAGUCCCUGUUGAAGAGAUAAGUUUAGGCGGUGAAUUUGGUGGUCAAGAAGAGAGUGCAGCUGAUAGGAAUGGGGGUGGUGGAAGAGGUAGGGGUCGAGGUGAUGUCCCAGCUGCAAAGGCUUGGCAACAAGACGGGGACUGGACGUGUCCAAAUACAAGCUGUGGAAAUGUGAAUUUUGCAUUUCGUGGUGUGUGCAAUCGUUGUGGAAGUGCUCGGCCUUCUGGCCCCUUUGGUGGUGGAGGAGGUAGUGGUCGGGGGAGGGGGCGCAACUCCGAGUCCGGGGGCCCUGGUCGUGGAGUUGCUGCUCCGACCGGUCUCUUUGGUCCUAAUGAUUGGCCUUGCCCCAUGUGUGCCAACAUCAACUGGGCAAAGCGUAACAAAUGUAAUGUUUGCAACACCAAUAAACCUGGUACUAAUGAGGGUGGUGUCAGGGGUGGUCGUGCUGGAGGUUACAAAGAGCUUGAUGAAGAAGAAAUAGAGGAAACUAGACGACGCAGGCGGGAAGCUGAAGAAGAUGAUGGUGAAAUGUAUGACGAGUUUGGAAAUUUGAAGAAGAAGUUCCGUGCCAAAUUGCAGCAGGCUGAAACUGGACAGGUGCUCCCUGGUACAGGGCGUGCAGGCUGGGAGGUUGAGGAUCUAGGUAUGAGUGACAGAGAUAGGAGGGAAAGAAGCAGAGACAGAGGUAGGGAAAGAGAAAGAGACAGAGGCAGAGAUAGAGAUGAGAGAGAAACUAACAAACUCAGGGAACCAGAGGAUAGAGAUAGACGCAGAAGCAGAAGUCGUGAGAGGGACAGGGGAAGAGACAGAGGCCGAGGUUAUGAUAAUGAUAGAGACAGAGAAUAUGGCCGUGACCGGGAGCGCGAUCGUGAUCGAGAAAGGGAACGUCACCGUUACUGAAGUUGUGGAGAACUUGGUUCAUCAAGAUAGAGUCUGCAAAUGAGUUAUAUAAUUUCGGCUAGUUUUAGCAGAAGGGAUGGCAUAUUUUCAAUAUUACCAACUUAAAGUGAUUUCUAUUUGCAACUAAAGGUCUUCUUUUUCAUGUAGAUUUCUAUUUUUUUUGGAGGAACUUGGAUAUUUCUGCUAUAGGUUAUGGUGAACUGAUGUUGCAGGCAUUUUCGUGGGGUAAGCUUUUGCUUAGAAAUUCAACUCAUUUGGAUUGGAUUGUGGGUGUUUCUAUGUUAUGAUGUUUUCUUAUGA